AUGGCUACCGCCAACCCCGAUGUGAUCGCGCCUUCGCCAGAAGUGGUCUCUCCCGCAAGUCCGAACUCAUCGACCGGCCAAAUCCCUCUGGAACAACCUCCCAAGCUCAAGGGCCGCCGGAAACUUCUACAGAGCCUCCAAAGGAUCUCAUCGUCCCCGACUUUAACCAGACGCGGCCGAUCCGCUUCGACGGGAUAUCGGCGCGAUGGAAAAGCGUCUUUGUCCUGUGUCUCGCUUUCGCAAUCCGCCUAUACACCAUGUCUUGGCAACGGCAGCUCCUCUCAACUCUAUGGCGGACUGAAUGUUCGCCCGAUGACCUCGGGUCCGCCAGGUUCGCCAGCCGAUCUCCACGAGGAAAAUGCUCGCAUCCGACUCGUCGGCACCGAAUCUCCGGGCUCUGUUCAGUCGAAGAAAGUUCCCAUGCCCACCGAUUUACGGCCGGGUUCGCGAGGAUCUCCCAGCCAUGAUGCGAUAGAAGAACCCGUUAUCGCAAAGCCCAAGAAGGUCUUUGACUUCUGGGGCAACUUGCCUGACGAGAUCAAGAUGGAUAUCUUCCUGUAUCUGACCCCGAAGGAAAUCAUUCGUUGCUCGGCCGUCUCCAAAACGUGGUACAAGAUGUGCUAUGAUGGGCAGUUGUGGACUAAUGUCGACACCUCCGAAUACUAUCGUGAUAUCCCCAGCGAGUUUCUGGUGAAGCUUAUCAAAACCGGGGGGCCCUUUGUUCGCCAUCUCAACCUCCGGGGUUGUAUUCAGCUCUGCGACAAAUGGCAGGCUGAGGGUGAGAGCAUUACCGACCUGUGCCGGAAUGUCGUCAAUUUCUCGCUUGAAGGAUGUCGCAUUGACAAGACCUCGGUUCACUACUUUCUCCUUCGGAACCCUCGCCUGGAGUACAUCAACGUGUCCGGGUUGACUAGUGUGACCAACUCGGCUAUGAAAAUCAUCGCCCAGUCGUGUCCACAUCUAGAGAUCUUGAACGUUUCGUGGUGCACGGGCGUCACUACGGCCGGUUUAAAGAAGGUCGUGAAAGCCUGUCCGAAACUGAAGGAUCUGCGAGCCAGCGAAAUUCACGGGUUCGAUGAUACGUCUUUCGCACUUCAGUUGUUUGAGCAAAAUACCCUAGAACGGUUGAUCAUGAGUCGCUCCGACCUCACGGAUGAGAGCUUGAAAGUCCUGAUGCACGGCGAAAAUCCCGUGAUGGAUCUACUGCUCGAUCGCCCCAUCGUCCCACCUCGUCGCCUCAAACACCUGGAUAUUCACCAGUGCCCCGAUCUGACGGAUGACGGAGUGAAGAGUCUCGCCCAUAAUGUCCCUUACUUGGAAGGUCUGCAGCUGUCACAGUGCCCAGAGCUCAGCGAUGACUCCAUAAUUGCGGUCAUUAGAACCACCCCGUCUCUCACGCACCUCGAGCUCGAAGACAUGGAGCGAAUCACUAACAACACUCUGAUUGAAUUGGCAAAGUCCCCAUGUGCCGUCUGCCUUCAGCAUCUCAACGUUAGUUAUUGUGAAGCUUUGGGAGAUAUCGGCAUGCUGCAAGUCAUGAAAAGCUGUCUCUCGCUUCGGUCGGUAGAGAUGGAUAAUACACGAGUCUCCGACCUUACCCUGAUGGAAGCCAGUAGCCGUGUUCGCAAGCGCGGGUAUGGUGAUAGCCUUCCCAAGGUUGGAUUGCGGCUGGUCGUCUUCGAUUGCGCAAACGUCACAUGGGCUGGAGUUAGGGAAGUUCUCUCGAGCAAUGCCUAUAUUCCGCGCAAACGCAAAUCGGUACCGACUAUUUCCGUGGUGGCACAAACGGUCGAAUCCGCCCCGGUGAUACAAGGAAACCAACCUGGUCAGCUCGCCCCGAACAUGCCUAUGGUGAUGUCUUCCAUCACCCCUCCGCCACCGCCGACCGUGUACCCGAAUGAGAUCGUGUAUCUCAAGUGCUUCUAUGGCUGGCAGAUGACCGUGGACGAACACAACAAGCGAGUCUUGCGUGGCGAUCUGGCAGCCGCAAGUCGACUUGAUCGGAAAUGGGCCGAUUACAUGAUGGCAACAGAAGAAGCUGGCGCAAUAGGCGCUGGCGCAAGAAGAAGACGUCGUCGAGCCCGCGAGGCCGAGAGACUCUACAAUGCGGAAGACGAGGAGGAAGAAGGAAUGGGCAUUGGAAGACGCCGGAGGGCCCAAAGCGGAGGAUCAUGCGUGGUCAUGUGA